UGAUUUUACAAAUUACGCGAAACCUGAAUUUGCCCACUGGAAAAAAGUAUCGACCAACCUUUUUUAAACAAAUAUUAUUCUAGAAUAAAUUUUAUCUUUUAACCGUGAUUGAUGACAUGAAAGUCAUUUUGUUAGGAGACACUAAUGUUGGAAAAUCAUCUUUUUUUCUACGCUUCAAAGAAAAUAGAUUUGCAGAAAAAAUAAAUUCAACGAUAGGGUUAGAUCAAACUACUAAAGAUAUUUCAUUAAGCGAUGGCAGAACAGUUAAGAUUAAUCUUUGGGAUACUGCUGGGUUAGAAUCAUCUUUGACAAAUAACUUUUUUCGAAUGAGCAAAGGUGUUAUUUUGAUAUAUGACCUUGAAGAAUGCGAUACUCUUACCACUUUAAGGAAUAGGAUACAAGAGGUACUCAGUUAUAACGAACAUACUACUUUUUUUUUACUUGGAAACAAAAAUGAUUGUUGCCGUGCUGAAGUGGCAAAACAAGAUGCUAUCAAUUUUGCAAUUAACAAUAAUAUACCUGUAGAGCAUGUUUUUGAAAUAUCUGUUAAAACAGGUAAAGGCUUUGAUGAUUUUAUAAGUUUUGUGGCAAAAGUACUUAGUAAUGAUAAAAAUUCUGUUGAUCCUGUUACUCAUUCGUUUAAACUUGAUAAUAAUAAGAGAAAAUUAUUUGGUUGUUGUUAAUUUUUUUUUGUUGACUAUGUUUUUAUUAUUUAUUAAUAGGAUUUUCAAAAAUAUUUUAUAUUUUCUAUUAUUAUUUUAGUUGAGU